UUGAGUUCAGUGUCUAUGAUUGAAGCCAUUUUCACCAAACUCCAUCUCGGAGUAAACGUAAAAUUUCUUUUCAUCGAAGGUAUCAGAAACUAUAAACAUGGCCGAGGCUGAUGAAACUCAGAAGAAGAAGAGGACCUUCAGGAAGUUCACCUUCCGAGGAGUGGACCUCGACCAACUCCUGGAUAUGCCAAAUGAGCAGCUGAUGGAUUUAAUGCACGCGAGAGCACGUAGACGUUUCUCUCAUGGUUUGAAAAGAAAAUCUAUGGCACUUGUCAAGAAGCUGCGCAAGGCUAAAAAGGAAACUCCGCCCAAUGAGAAACCAGAAAUUGUCAAGACCCACUUGCGUAAUAUGAUCAUUGUUCCAGAAAUGGUCGGCUCGAUUGUUGGUGUGUACAACGGUAAAACUUUCAAUCAAGUUGAAAUCAAGCCAGAAAUGAUUGGACAUUAUCUUGGAGAAUUCUCUGUUACGUACAAACCUGUAAAGCAUGGUAGGCCUGGUAUUGGUGCUACGCACUCUUCGCGAUUUAUUCCACUCAAAUAAGUGGCAUUUCUUAUUUCAUAUUAAUAAACUAUGAAAAAAUA